AUGGUUGGUUUGAAAAUGUGCAGUCUCAAAUGUGCAGCCAGAGGCUACUGUUGGAGCAUCGGAUAUGAUGUGGUCAGCCUCAUGUGUCAUGUCCUGAAGCUGAAACUGGACCAUAGAGAAGAAUGUGGACAUAUAACUUUCAUACCAAAGCCAAACACAAGUGUAAGUGGCUUUGAUGUUCUGUCGUGCCAAAGAAAGGAAGUCAGUAUCACAACGUCUAUUAUGCCCUCUAUUACGUUUGUCUUCAGAUUCAAGCUGGCCCCUGUUCAUCUGAGACAUGUCAACAUAGGAGAUGCCUGGAAACCCGUUCUGGAAGAGAUGUAUGUGUCAAAGGCAGGAAAGAUUACCAACCAACGAUACCAAAUCCAUUUAAACACCAAACUUGUUCAUGCCUGUGUCGAUGGCAACAUAAACCGAGUCAAAUGCAUCUUAUUUGAUGGUCGUGCGGAAAUCAACGUCCGAGGUCCACAAAGAAAGACGCCGGUGAUGAUUGCAGCAGAGAAAGCACACAUUGAUAUGUUCGGCUUCCUUGUAAGAAAAGGUGCUGAUCUGUCUGUUGUCGAUGCUGAGAGCAAUACGGUUCUACAUCUUGCCUGUGAGGGAGGAAACCUGGAUAUAAUAGAGACUGUCCUUGUGCAGGACACUGUGGACAUCAACAGUCUUGGAGGGCAAGACAGGACGCCAGCAAUGAAAGCAGCACUCAAAGGACAUAAGCAUGUGUUUGACCUACUUGUGAGGAAAGGUGCUGAUCUGUCCCACGUGGAUUUUCUUCACAAUACGAUUCUACAUUUGGCCUGUGAAGGAGGAAACUUGGAUAUCGUGAAACACAUUCUUACACAGAACACUGUGAACAUCAACAGCUUGGGAGAAAAUGACUGGACGCCAGCAAUGAAAGCAGCCAUCAAAGGACAUAAAGAUGUAUUCGACUUGAUAGUCAAAGAAGGAGCUGAUCUGUCUCUGGUGGACAAAGAAGGUGACAGUAUUCUUCACGCAGCUUGUGAGGGAGGAAAUGUGGAAAUAGUAACUUAUAUGCUCAAACAGAGUAGUGUUGAUAUUAACCUAAGAGGGAACACAUGUUCACGCCAGUGA